UGGAAGUGAAAGUGAAUGAAUGUCGGAGGCUUAAUUAGAGAGGACGGGUUCGGCGGCGGCAGUUGCCCGCUAGCCGUCGCGAUCACUAGCCGCGCUCAGAUCCCGCAAGCCUCCGCCACCAGUACAUCUACCACUAUCACACCGCAACCGUCCGUCGUGCACACAGAGAUGAGUCGUAAAGUUUGUCUGGCAGCCGCGCUGCUGGCGCUGUUCUGCUACGCGGAUGCGCAGCGCCGCCUGGCUCUGCCUGACCCCAAGAGUUGCGCCAACAGAGUCCGUCACGCGACGUACCGGGAUGGGCGCGGCGUGCUGCACUCGUACUUCAUGAGCUGGGAGCACGCGCCCACGCGCAGUCUCGAGGUGGACUGGCUCGACGCCAGGAACAUCUGCCGCAGGCACUGCAUGGACACAGUCUCCCUCGAGACUCCUCAGGAAAAUGAAUUUGUAAAACAAAAGAUCGCCCGUGGCAAUGUCCGAUACAUUUGGACAUCGGGUCGUAAAUGCAACUUCGCCGGCUGCGACCGACCCGACCUGCAGCCACCAAACGUGAACGGCUGGUUCUGGUCCGGCUCCGGCGCCAAGAUCGGUCCCACUACGCAGCGCAACACGGGCGACUGGUCCUACACCGGCGGCUACGGACAGCCGCAGCCCGACAACAGAGAAGCCGCCCAGGGUAACGACGAGUCUUGCCUGUCGAUCCUGAACAAUUUCUACAACGACGGCAUCAAAUGGCACGACGUCGCCUGCCACCAUGUCAAACCCUUCAUCUGUGAGGACAGCGAUGAGUUACUCAACUUCGUGCGCUCCAGGAACCCCGGCCUCCGCAUAUGAUCCUCUCAUACCAUCACUCACACAUCGCACCAACGCCUUCUAUUUUAGAUGGCUGACAUUGUACAAAAUUGACUUUAUCUUAUUAAGUUAUUUAUUAUUAAAAAUAAACAAACUACAUUGGGUAUCUUUACGUACUUACUACGUUUUCAAGCGACGGAGAAUUAAAUUCUUUCAAGUAUUAUACAGAUGUUCAAAAUGUAUACCUAAUUGUUAGAACUGGGUCAGUCGUUUAUUGUAAAAAGCUUUUCGCACAAAAUAGGAUUAACUUUAAGGAAUAGAAUAAAUUAAUUUUAUUUAAAA